UCCAUCGCUGUGAUGGCUGUAGCAGCCCCAUAUUCUUGCACAUGUAAUGAUGCCGUUAAGAAUGCCAUCGGCCAUGGGCUGCAUGUUGUAGUAGCUGCAGGAAAUGAAAGAACGGAUGCAAAUGAUUGGAGUCCUUCCUCUGUUGCUGAAGCUAUCACCAUUGGCAACAUUGAUGGGUGUACAGACAAAAUGGCACCCAAGUCCAACUAUGGGCCUGCUAUUGAUGUCUUCGCCCCUGGUGUCAAGAUUAGAAGCACAUGGAUCGGUGGCAAAGCCAUGACGAAGGUCCUGAGUAGCACAAGCAUGGCAGCUGGACAAGUUGCACAGAUAUUAGCCAUUUCUGAAGGUCGAGAUGGUUCAAAGUCUCCC